AUGUCUUCUAAUUUGGAUACUGGGGAUUUACAAGAAUCUCUAAAGCACGGACUUACACCUAUUGGUGCAGGGCUUCCGGACGGACACGGACCCCUUGCCCCCGCCCGCGGCCGCCUUGUCAUGCUGCCCAAAGUGGAGACGGAAGCCCUGGGACUGGCUCGGUCGCAUGGGGACCAGGGGCAGAUGCCGGAAAACAUGCAAGUGUCCCCGUUUAAAAUGGUGAAUUACUCCUAUGAUGAAGAUCUGGAAGAGCUGUGUCCCGUGUGCGGAGAUAAAGUGUCUGGGUAUCAUUAUGGGCUCCUCACCUGUGAAAGCUGCAAGGGCUUUUUUAAGCGAACAGUCCAAAAUAAUAAAAGGUACACGUGUAUAGAAAACCAGAACUGCCAAAUUGACAAAACACAGAGAAAGCGUUGUCCUUACUGUCGAUUUCAAAAAUGUCUCAGUGUUGGAAUGAAGCUAGAAGCGGUAAGGGCAGACCGAAUGCGCGGAGGAAGGAAUAAGUUCGGGCCCAUGUACAAGAGGGACAGGGCCCUGAAACAGCAGAAAAAAGCCCUCAUCCGGGCCAACGGACUGAAGCUGGAAGCCAUGUCUCAGGUGAUCCAAGCCAUGCCCCCCGAGCUGGGCAUCCCCUCUGCGAUUCAGAACAUCCACUCUGCCUCCAAAGGCCUGCCUCUGAGCCACGCUGCCUUGCCUCCCACCGACUACGACCGGAGCCCCUUCGUGACCUCCCCCAUCAGCAUGGCCAUGCCCCCUCACGGCAGCCUGCCCGGCUACCAGACCUACAGCCACCUUCCCGGCCGCGCCAUCAAGUCCGAGUACCCCGAGCCCUACACCAGCUCCCCGGAGUCCAUCAUGGGCUACUCCUACGUGGAGAGUUACCAGACCAGCUCCCCGGCCAGCAUCCCCCAGCUCAUCCUGGAACUGCUCAAGUGUGAGCCCGACGAGCCCCAGGUGCAGGCCAAGGUCAUGGCCUACUUGCAGCAGGAGCAGGCCAGCCGCAGCAAGCACGAGCGGCUCAGCACGUUCGGGCUCAUGUGCAAGAUGGCCGACCAGACGCUCUUCUCCAUCGUGGAGUGGGCACGCAGCAGCGUCUUCUUCCGGGAGCUCAAGGUGGAUGACCAAAUGAAGCUGCUUCAGAACUGCUGGAGUGAGCUCUUAAUUCUCGACCACAUUUACCGACAAGUGGUUCACGGAAAGGAGGGCUCCAUCUUCCUGGUUACUGGGCAACAAGUAGACUAUUCCGUCAUAGCCUCACAGGCGGGGGCCACGCUCAACAACCUCAUGAGCCAUGCACAGGAAUUGGUGGCAAAGCUUCGUUCUCUACAGUUUGAUCAACGAGAGUUCGUGUGUCUGAAGUUCUUGGUGCUCUUCAGUUUAGAUGUCAAAAACCUGGAGAACUCCCAGCUGGUGGAAGGCGUCCAGGAGCAGGUCAACGCCGCCCUGCUGGACUAUACCGUGUGCAACUACCCGCAGCAGGCAGAGAAGUUCGGGCAGCUGCUGCUCCGCCUCCCGGAGAUCCGAGCCAUCAGCAUGCAGGCCGAGGAGUACCUGUACUACAAGCACCUGAACGGGGACGUCCCCUACAACAACCUGCUGAUCGAGAUGCUACACGCAAAACGAGCGUAG